CACUCCGUGCAUUGGCUAAGCAUAGGAGUUCACCUUCCAGUUUUAUUAUAUUUCAGUGCUAUAACCCUGGUUUAGCUGCUGGUAAAUGUGCGCCAUUUUGAAGCUCGAAUACAUUCACGUUCAGCAAAAAAAGGGAAUGAUUGUCCGUCGGUUCUAUAUAAAAAAAAGUUCGACCAAUACAACUUAAAAUUUAUAUUUUUAUAUUUCAUAUUCAAGAAAAGAUUUUAAAUUACAAUAUUUCUUGUUUAAUCAAAAAAAAAAACAAAUUAUUAUUGUUAAAUAAUGGGCGAAGAUUUUAACGGUGAUAGAGACAGAAAGGACCGUGAUAGUGAUAGAGAUCGUGAAAGAGAUAGAGAUCGCGAUAGAAGACACAAAUCUAGAAGUCGUGAACGCAGAAAGAGAACAAGAUCUCGAUCCAAGGAUCGUACGAAAUCUGACAGAAAGCGUAGCUCAUCACCAAAAAAAAGUCGUGGAUCGAGAAGAAGAAAACCUUCAUUGUACUGGGAUGUACCGCCUCCUGGUUUCGAACAUAUUACACCACUUCAAUACAAAGCUAUGCAGGCAGCUGGUCAAAUACCAGCAACAAUUGUUGCUGAUACUCCACAAGCAGCAGUUCCGGUUGUUGGAAGCACAAUAACUCGUCAAGCGAGACGUCUUUAUGUUGGUAAUAUUCCGUUUGGUGUUACGGAAGAAGAAAUGAUGGAAUUUUUCAAUCAACAAAUGCAUCUAUCUGGUUUAGCACAAGCUGCUGGUAAUCCAGUGCUUGCUUGUCAGAUUAAUUUAGAUAAAAAUUUUGCAUUUCUUGAGUUUCGUUCGAUAGAUGAAACAACCCAGGCAAUGGCAUUUGAUGGUAUUAACUUUAAGGGACAGAGCCUAAAAAUUCGACGACCACAUGACUAUCAACCAAUGCCUGGAAUGACUGAUAAUCCAAGCAUGAAUGUUCCAGGAACAGUACCUGAUUCACCACACAAAAUUUUCAUCGGUGGAUUACCUAACUACUUGAACGAGGAACAGGUAAAGGAGUUGCUGAUGAGUUUUGGUCAACUAAGAGCAUUCAAUCUUGUCAAGGAUUCAGCAACUGGUCUUUCAAAGGGUUAUGCAUUUUGUGAGUACAUUGAUGUAUCAAUGACGGAUCAAGCGAUUGCUGGAUUAAACGGUAUGCAGCUUGGUGAUAAAAAAUUGAUUGUACAACGUGCAAGUGUUGGUGCUAAAAAUCCAAUGAUUGGUACUCAAGCACCAGUACAAAUUCAAGUGCCAGGAUUAUCGAUGGUUGGAACAAGUGGACCACCAACAGAGGUACUUUGUUUGUUGAAUAUGGUUACACCUGAGGAGUUGAUGGAGGAAGAAGAGUAUGAAGAUAUUCUUGAGGAUAUUAAGGAAGAAUGUAAUAAACAUGGCGUUGUUAGAUCUGUUGAAAUACCGAGACCCAUUGAAGGUGUAGAUGUUCCAGGAUGUGGAAAGGUGUUCAUUGAAUUCAACAGUGUUAUUGACUGUCAAAAAGCACAACAAUCAUUAACCGGUCGUAAAUUCAACAAUCGUGUUGUUGUAACAUCGUACUUUGAUCCUGACAAAUACCAUCGACGUGAAUUUUAAACUGAUUAUUGAUACUCAAAAUCAAUAACCGUAAAAAUUUAAACAAAAAAGCAAACGACAUAAAACGUUCACAAAAAAGCGAAAAGAGCUGAGUUUAAGAAUAAAGAGCCAAUUAUUUGGAUUGUAUAAUGUAUGUGGGUUACUAAUACUUCUGGUAUACAAUUUAAUUUUAGUCUUUCGAAAUAGUCACAGAUAAACAAUGUUGACAUGUUUGUUAUAUUCGUAUCUUUUAUUCAUUUAUAAUUCAUAUUCGUUCAUAUUAUUUUUGUUCCAAUUUUUGAUUAGUUCGAGCGUAAAAUAAAAAAUGAAAAAAAGAAACGUUAAUGCGAACUUGUCGUUAUGGCUAAAUGAAUUUAAUAGUUUUGGAUGAAUUAAUAAUAUAAUGUGUUAUUUUCUGUGAUCGGGAAUGCAAUAGCAUGAAAAAUUGAAAACAAAAAACGAUUAUUUUUCACAAUCAAUUGUUUUAGACAAAAAUUUUUAAGACAUAUAUUUUUCUUUUAUAAUGAUAAUAAUAAUACUUAAAUUAUUUCAUUAUACCAUACUACUUUUGAUGGAAUAGUAUCGAUAAUAUUUUAAUUCACUGAAUUGUGAUAUUUUAUUUCGAAUAUAUUUUCAAAUACAUUUAUAUACAAAUAUGUAUAUAGAUGAAGAAAAUGACAACACACGUAACAUAGCUUAGACAUCGUUCUGCAUUGCUGGAUGAUAGGCACUUUUUUCGGAUUCUCGAGGACCAUCAACAAUAAACUUUUUCAAGGCCACAUAAAAUCCAACACCAAUUGCCAGCAUUCCCAUACCACUUAUUAGAAUAAUUGCCCAGGCAGGAAUUCCAAGCCCUCCUAAAAUAUAAUUAUUGAUUUAUUGGAAAAAAAAUUUUUUUAUUUUAAAUUAAUAAAAUUAAUUGAUGAUCCUUA